AUGCUUUCCUAUCAGUACAAUAUGCCUCCGGGCAACAUGGUCGAUCAACACCAACAUCUCGCCGCACAACAUAUGCAUUCUCCCUUGGAUACAUUGGCACAUACUUCUCAGUAUGCUGCUCUGCAAUUUCAUCAGAAUCGACAUGUUCUUCCAAAUGGUAAAGCCAUGGUCAAGCCUCAUCGCAUGCCGUACCCCACAGGCCCUAUCGCUCCGCGGGACCAGCGAAGUGCUAUGCUUCACGAAAGAUCCGGCCGAAACCCUUCCGCAUCUGGCCCGGUGCGACGACGUAUCAGUCGUGCCUGUGAUCAAUGCAACCAAUUGAGAACCAAGUGCGACGGCAAAGCGCCUUGCGCUCAUUGUUUAGAAUUCGGUCUGACAUGCGAGUAUGUACGAGAGCGCAAGAAGCGUGGGAAGCAGUCAAAAAAGGAGAUCGCCGCUGCUCAAGCAGCAGCGGCCUCUGCCGCUGGAGGAUCGAACAGCGGGAAUAGCAACGCAGCCCCAUCAGGCGAUUCCACCACGGGUAGCCCACAGUCUCACAGCACUGGAUUCAACGAGACUCAAAAGAGGACCGAUGUUUCUGCUAAUGGCGUGGAACAUACGGAACAGAGGCCACUGCCCGAGCUCCCUCCAAGUCGCUCCGCUAGUAUGGCUUCAGCCAGCAUGGAAGGUGCACCUAUGUACCAAAAUGUCGCACCGAUGUCUCGAGCAAUGAGCUUAAACAACAUUGAUGCCAUACCCGAGAAUUCUGUUCAUCAGAUGUCCGUUCCAAACGAUGGCAUGGGCCCAAUGCAGCCUCCACGGAUACAGACCCAAGGACUGCCGAUGCACAAUCCAAUGCAAGAGUAUGCAUCGAUAGACGACUUUCAUCGCAACAUGAUGCACCAAUCCCCGCACCCGAUGAUUCAAAACGGCAUGCAUCCAAUAAUCCCAUCUAACGGAAUGCCGGAGUACACCGACAGCCCUUACUCAAUGAUGAGUCCACAGAGUGCGCAAGCCCCGCCGAAUGCUUUCAGGAUACCAACCGAGGAAUCACAGAUGCCGGGAUUUAUUGGCCAUUCUCCUGUGUCUGGGUCCCCAGGCUGGCUGUCGAUACCGUCACCAACUACAGCGAACAUGUACCCACAAGCGAUGAACGCACAACAGCAACUUCGAUACCCAGUAUUGACACCACUCCUCCCACACUUGACGAACAUCAUGCCCAUACAAUUGGCUUGUGAAUUAUUGGAGCUAUAUUUCCAAAGCCAAAGCUCAGCAUUCAUGCAACCUGUCAGUCCGUACGUACUUGGUUACGUCUUCCGAAAACGAUCGUUUCUGCGACAGAACAACCCGCGCGUGUGUAGCCCAGCACUCCUAGCAUCCAUGCUCUGGAUUGGCUGCCUCACAAGUGAAUCGCCGUAUCUGGCCUCCUCUCCAUCUGCCCGGAGCCAGCUUUCCGAGAAGCUGAUCAAUUUGACGAUCAGUCUAUUGAAGCCACUAGUGCAUACGCAGGAUGCCAGUCCCACCUUUAGCAAUUCGACCGUCAACGGUGUUACUCUUGGUAACUUUGGUAUGCCAGCGGUGCAGGAUACCGAUGGUUUGCCAGGUGCACCUGGUGGUGUGGAUGACGUUGCUACUUAUAUGCAUCUGGCUAUCGUGAUAUCUGCGAGCGAGUACAAGGCUGCUAGCCUUCGCUGGUGGAAUGCCGCUUGGUCUUUGGCCAGAGAACUCAAGUUGGGCAAGGAGGUUCCGAUGACGCCACCACCCGAGCAGGAAGAUGAUGUGCCUGGAGAAGUUGAUAUGGAACACUCUAACAGCCAGAAUGGUCCCAUUGAUCUUUCCGAGGAGCAAAGAGAGGAGCGCAGGCGCAUUUGGUGGCUCCUGUUUGCAGUGGACAGGCAUCUUGCGCUUUGUUACAACAGACCAUUAUCCUUACUCGAUAUCGAGUGUGACGGCCUCUUGCAGCCUGUCGAUGACUCCGUAUGGCAAGCAGGUGAAUUUUAUAAUGGGGACUGCGCUCAGACAUUUUCAGAUUCAACCUCCCCUUUUCACCGACAACGAGGCGCCCCUUUUGAGUGCACCGGACUUAGCAUAUACGCCUUCUUCCUACCUCUGAUGACAAUUCUCGGAGAAAUCGUCGAGCUCAAUCACGCGCGCAAGCACCCUCGGUUCGGACAGUUCCGCAACGGCUCUGACUGGGACGACCAUGCAGCCGAGAUCACCCGGCAACUGGAUGCAUAUGGAGACACCCUACAGCAAUUAAGAGCAAGAGCCGUUAACGAGGCCAGCAUGGAGGCGCACGAAACUCUGCAUCCGGAUACACCACGAUCUGUCAAUUCAACGACCUCGCGCGCGCAGGAGGCCCUGAUGCGAGCGAGAAUCGUCGUUGCGUAUGGUACUCAUCUAAUGCAUACGCUUCACAUUCUACUGAAUGGUAAAUGGGAUCCAAUCGCUCUUCUAGACGACAAUGAUCUUUGGAUCUCGUCCCAGUCUUUCAUCGACGCAACAGGUCACGCAGUCUCAGCUGCUGAAGCGCUCAACGAGAUCCUCGAACAUGACCCUGACCUCAGUUUCAUGCCCUUCUUCUUCGGAAUCUACCUGCUACAAGGUAGUUUUCUUCUACUGCUAAUCGCCGACAAGCUCCAAGGCGAGGCAAAUCCCAACGUUGUGAAGGCAUGCGAGACGAUCGUGCGCGCGCAUGAAGCUUGCAUCGUCACACUCAACACCGAGUACCAAAGAAAUUUCCGGAAAGUCAUGCGCUCUGCCUUGCAGCAAGUGCGUGGGAGAGGCAUGGAUGAGCAUGCCGAAUUUGCACAACAACGUCGUAGAGAGAUGCUCUCCCUCUACCGGUGGUCAGGUGACGGUCAAGGGCUAGCCCUGUGA